UCUAUGUCAUCGUAAAUACUACAGCUUAUUAUCUGUUCUGAUCUUUAUAAUCAACAUAGGAAGCUUUAUCCUUCCUUCUCGUCUUCUAUCUUUCUUUUUCUUCUCUAGUAUUGACGAAAAAAAAGUUUGGAUGUUUUUAAGAUUGAUGUACUAUAUAUGUAUUAACUUUGCUUUUUUCUGUUUCUUUGUUUUUGUUUUCAAUCUGCAAUUUUUAAUUGAUAUAGAAUUACGAUGACCUUUAUUUAUUUAUUUAUUUUUUCAGGAUACACUCUUAAAUAAUACUUGAUCUCAGUAACUUAUUCUCUUGUUCAUUUUCGACCAUAAAGGAUUAUACUCUUAAAUAAUACUUGAUCUCAGUGGCUUAUUCUCUUAUUCAUUUUCGACUAUGAAGGUGCAUUCUACAUCCGGAAAACGGUAUGUUCCAAUUGGUAAUCACCACCAAGCUGAAAUCCCAGAGUUAAUGCCAAAAUCAGAAUAUUGCAACUUGCAAAACAACAUGGUCAAUGAUGAUCCAUUAGAACAUGAUGGAGUGAUAGCACAAGAGACAAAUAGAGACAUAUGGUACUACCCUACUAGUAGUAUUACUAUGCCUUGGACUAGAAAAGAAGAGUCCUAUUUCAUGGCUAGCUUAUACCUAUUUAACAAAGACUUUUCAGCAGUGAAAAGAUUUGUGGGUAGCAAGACAAUGGGAGAAAUAUUGUCUUUUUAUUAUGACCAAUUUUGCAAGUCUAGCGAAUACCAAAGAUGGAAGGAUCGUAUGACGAGUUUGGGUAACAAUUCCAUUAUUUUUGGGGAAAAGAUUAUUAGUGAGAAAACACUUAUGUCUCGUCUACAGCCCUUGUUAACAACUCAUGCCUACAUGGAAAUACUUGAGAGAUCUUGGCUAUAUGGAGAAUCACUAGUGACACUAGAAGAUUAUGUGUCCGUUCUAAAGAACAAAGUUGGGCUUGAUAAUCUUGUUGAAGCACUUGGAAUUGGUAAUAAAGAAGAAGAAAUCAUCAAUACAAAGAAAUCUAAGAAGAAUAAGGCUCCUAUUGGGAACGAUUGGGCAAGCCUUACACAAAGAGAGAUUCUAUACUUUGCCGGAAAACUCUGCUCUUUGAGCAAACAUCAAUCCAAUGAUCUCUUUUGGGAAGCUGUUUGGCCUCGCUUACUCGCCAAGGGUUGGCACUUUGAGGAGGAUCGAGCUUCUUCUUCUCUGUCGCUGUCGCCGUCGUCGCCGCCUAAAUUGUUGUUCUUAGUCCCCGGAAUCAAAAAGUUUUCUAUGAAGCUAGAAAGAGGGAAGGACUAUUUUGAUUCCGUUAGUGAGGUGUUGAGAAAUGUUGCUUCUCAUCCUGAGUUGGUUGAGCUCGUGAAUUUGAAUACAAUGGGACAUGAUCAUGCAGAUGGAGCAACAAAUUUGAGUUAAAAAUCGAGUAAUUCUAUUUUGAAUAAGGGUAGCAAGAAGUUGUGACAUUUCGUUUGUGAUAAUAAGAUUUAGGGUUUGGUAAAGUUUAUUGCGAUAUUUUAAAGUUCUUGUCGUUAGGACUCAACAUGCAGUAUAGUCCUUAUUAUGUUUAAAACUUAAUUAUUUCUUGUUUUUCCUUUUUUUUGAAGGUUGAUUUGGAAUCAAGUCG